AUGAAUGCUCAAGAAAUUAUUCACUAUAUGAAUUCAAUAUCGUUAUUAGAAAUGAAUGCUCAAGAAAUUAUUCACUAUAUGAGAGGAAACAAAGUACCAAUAAGUGGAAAAAACGUAUUUUUCAUUCAAUUGGAAUUUUCUUUAAAGAUGAAAACCAUUACACUUACAACUAAUACAUCAUUAAAAAACCUUUGUCAUGAUCUUUGGAUUUCUGCAUCCCCGGAUCGAAGAAGAAGUUUUGACGUUUUGGCAAAUAAAGUAAAUUAUAUUAAUAAAAAUUACAAAAAAAGACUUUAUAGACGACAACCUAAUAAUAAUUAUGUAAAUGAUCCAAAUGGUUUUGCGUCUUUCUUAAUUAAUGGAAUUGGUUUUCCAUAG